GCGCGCCCUGCACGAUGCGGAGCAGCCGGCGCCCGGGACCUUUCCUCUGCCUCCUCCUGCUGCUCUGCUGCCCGGAGCUCGCCGCCGCCCAGGCGGUGUGUGCGGGGACCCUGAACGGGCUGAGCGUGACGGGCGAUGCCCAGCACCAGUACCAGACGCUCUACAAGAUGUACAACAACUGCGAGAUUGUCAUGGGCAACCUGGAGAUUGUGCUGAUCGACCACAAACAGAACCUGUCCUUCCUGCAGACCAUCCGGGAAGUGACAGGCUACGUCCUGAUCGCCAUGAACGUCUUCACGUACCUGCCUCUGGGGAACCUGCGCGUCAUCCGGGGCACCCAGCUCUACGAGGACAAACACGCCCUCUUCGUGCUACUGAACUACCACACCAACGGCUCGUACGCCCUCCGCCAGGUGGGGUUCAACCAGCUCACGGAGAUCCUGGCGGGCGGGGUUGACAUCGAGAGGAACGAGCAGUUGUGCCACGUGGACACCAUCGAGUGGAGGGACAUCAUCCGGGACCCGCUGAUCGACCCGGUGGUUCAGCAGAAUGGCAGGAAGUGUGCCCCCUGCCAUGAGAGCUGCGACGGACACUGCUGGGGCCCGAACCCAGAGGACUGCCAGAAAUUGACCAAGACCAUCUGCGCCCCGCAGUGCAACGGGCGCUGCUUCGGGCGCAACCCCAGCGAGUGCUGCCAUGACGAGUGUGCGGGGGGCUGCACCGGCCCCCGCCAGACUGAGUGCUUUGCCUGCCGUCACUUCAACGACAGUGGGGCCUGCGUCCCGCUGUGCCCGCAGCCGCUGAUCUACAACAAACUCACCUUCCAGCUGGAGCCCAACCCCGACACCAAGUACCAGUACGGGGGCAUCUGCGUGGCCAGCUGCCCACAUAACUUUGUGGUGGAUCAGAGCUCCUGUGUGCGGGCCUGUCCCAAGGACAAGAUGGAGGUGGAGAAGAACGGCCUGAAGAUGUGUGAGCCGUGCCCUGGACUCUGCCCUAAAGCCUGCGAGGGGACGGGCACCGGGAACAAAUACCAGACUGUCGAUUCGAGCAACAUCGACACGUUCGUCAACUGCACCAAGAUCCUGGGCAACCUGGACUUUCUCAUCACUGGGCUGAAUGGGGACCCCUGGCACAACAUCUCAGCCCUGGAUCCGGAGAAGCUGAAUGUCUUCCGGACGGUGCGGGAGAUCACGGGUUAUCUGAACAUCCAGUCGUGGCCCAAGCACAUGUACAACUUCAGUGUCUUCUCCAACCUCGUCACCAUCGGGGGCCGGAGCCUGUACAACCGCGGCUUCUCCCUGCUGAUCAUGAAGAACCUGAACGUGACGUCGCUGGGGCUGUGCUCGCUGCGGGAGAUCAGCGCCGGGAAGGUGUACAUCACCGAGAACCGGCAGCUCUGCUACCUCCACACCGUCAACUGGGGGGCGCUGUCCCGCCGCAGGGCCGACCUGGAGAUCAAGGACAACAAGCCCCAGGGCAAGUGCGUGCAAGAAGGAAAGGUGUGUGACCCACUCUGCUCCAGCGACGGCUGCUGGGGGCCCGGCCCUGACCAGUGCAUCUCCUGCGGCAACUACAGCCGGGAGGGGACCUGCGUGGCCACCUGCAGCUUCUACCAGGGGGCGACCCGGGAAUAUGCCCGCGGGGGCGAGUGCUACCAGUGCCAUCCGGAGUGCGAGAGGAUAGAGGGCAACGUGACCUGCAACGGCUCGGGCGCGGACGCCUGUGUGAGAUGUGCCCGGUACAAGGACGGGCCCCACUGUGUGGACAGCUGCCCCGAGGGCAUCCUGGGCGAGCAGGGGCCCAUCUACAAGUACCCGGACGCCCACCGCGAGUGCCGCCCCUGCCAUGAGAACUGCACGCGGGGAUGCCUCGGGCCGCAGCUCCAGGACUGCGUCACAGAGCCCCUACCUAUUGCCAGGAAAAGCCCCACGGUCAUAGCAGUGGUGGUUGUGGGCUGCCUCUUCGUCUCCUGCUCCUGCUUCCUGCUCAACCUCCUGUACUGGCGCGGCAAGAAGAUCCAGAAGAAGCGGGCGAUGCGCCGCUACCUGGAGAGGGGAGAGAGCCUCGAGCCCCUGGACCCCAGCGAGAAAGCCAACAAGGUGCUGGCCCGGAUCUUCAAGGAGACGGAGCUGAGAAAGCUGAAGGCCCUGGGCUCGGGCGUGUUUGGGACGGUGCACAAGGGCGUCUGGAUCCCGGAUGGAGACUCCAUCAAGAUCCCCGUCAGCAUCAAGGUGAUAGAGGACCGGAGCGGCCGCCAGACCUUCCACGCUGUCACCGACCACAUGCUGGCCAUUGGCAGCCUGGACCACGCCUACAUCGUGCGGCUGCUGGGCAUCUGCCCCGGGACGCAGCUGCAGCUGGUGACGCAGCUCCUGCCGCUGGGCUCGCUGCUCGACUACGUGCGCAAGAACAGGGAUGCCAUCGGGCCACAGCUGCUGCUCAACUGGUGCGUGCAGGUUGCCAAGGGCAUGUACUACUUGGAAGAGCAUCGCAUGGUCCAUCGGAACCUGGCCGCCCGCAACAUCCUGCUGAAGUCGCCCAACCAGGUGCAGGUGGCGGAUUUCGGCAUCGCCGACCUGCUCUACCCCGACGACAAGAAAUACUUCUACAAUGAGAUCAAGACGCCGAUUAAAUGGAUGGCGCUGGAGAGCAUCCACUUUGGGAAGUACACGCACCAGAGCGACGUCUGGAGCUACGGCGUGACACUGUGGGAGAUGAUGACGUUCGGGGCAGAGCCCUACGCGGGGAUCCGGCUCGCCGAGGUGCCCGACCUGCUGGAGAAGGGCGAGCGGCUCAUGCAGCCCCAGAUCUGCACCAUCGACGUCUACAUGGUGAUGGUGAAAUGCUGGAUGAUCGACGAGAACGUCCGUCCCACCUUCAAGGAACUGGCCAACGAGUUCACUCGCAUGGCCCGCGACCCGCCCCGCUACCUGGUCAUCAAGAGGGAGAGUGGGCCACUGCCCCCCGCCGAGCCCCCCCUGAGCGACAAGGAGCUGGAGGACAUGGAGACGCUGGAGCUGGAGGAGGAGCUUGGCCCCUUCAACACGGCCAGCAGCCUCUUCGCCUCCAGGCAGCGUGUGGACUACGCCCGGAGCCCGAACCUGAGCCCCCCAGCCGGGUACAUCCCCAUGAAUCAGACCGGUCUCAGCGGCUGCCGCCAGGGCACCGGGCUGGGCUCCCGGCAGACCCUGCGGGUCCGACAGGAGUCAGUGGGCCGGACGGUGUCAGAGUCGUCGGAGGGCCGGGGCACGGCCUCGGAGUGCGAGCUGAUGGAGGAGCUCUCCCUGCCGGGCAGCCUGUGCCAGGGCCUGCGCUCCCGGGGCGACAGCGCCUACCUCUCCCAGCGCGAGAGCUUCCCCCUGUCCGCGGGCACGGCCGACGGAGAGGAUGACAUCAACGGCUACGUCAUGCCGGAUAACCACGGCCGAGAGCGAGCGGGCAGCGCCGCCCGGUCAGUGCGGGACAGGCCCGUGGGCCUCGCCUCGGAGCCGGAGGAGGAGUACGAGUACAUGAACAGACGCCCCCCGCAGCCCCGGCCGGCCUCUCUGGAGGAGCUGGGCUACGAGUACAUGGACCUGGGCUCAGAGCGCAGCACCUCCCUGGGCAGCAUGCUGAGCUCUCAGCUGCCCGUGGCCGGCUGGGAGGUGGCUGCGGCCGAGGAGGACUACGAAUACAUGAACAAGCAGCCCAAACUCAGCCAGUCCCUGAGCAGCGUGCUGAGCUCGCCGGGGCCCGGGCGGGACGACUACACCUGCAUGAGCGCGGCCGUCCCCCGGGGCUCCCCCGAGGAGCAGGCCUACGAGGUGAUGGAGGCCAUCCUGGCGCCGGGGAGCGGGUGCCCGGGCUGCCAGAGCUCGCCGUGCCCCAAGAACGGCUUCAUGAAAGCCCUGCGGAGCCUGGAAGCCUCAGACUGCGCCUUCGACAACCCCGACUACUGGCACAGCCGGCUCUUCGCCAAGGCGGACGCCCAGCGGACCUAGGGGGCAUCAGGGGGGUGCUCAACCCGUCUGUCCCCGGGCGGGCAGGGCCAUUGGACUCCAGCACCUGCCCGCCCCUCGCUGAACGAGCCCAGCCGGGGGACUGGGAGCAAACGUCCUUCCCCAGCCCCAGGGGGUAUUUACAGGCUGGGCAGAAACGGCGAACGCUCCCUUAACGGGGCAGCAGGGACAGGGGCCUGCCCCUGUGUCUGUGCCCAUUGGAUGCUGGGAUGCAGGCUGGUUCUGGCAGCUGGGGGGCAAUGCACUGCCCCACUGUGAAAUCAAACCCAGUUCCACCUCAGGAUCACAGACAUAUGGACGCAGGACAGGUACCUACGUCUGGUGAGGUGGGCAGGGGAGUCGGGCUGCGUCCUCCUCUCCACCAUCAUGGGAAAAGCCUCCUGUACUGAGCUCCUAGCAUAGAGCCUGGGGGCGUUUGGGGCCCAGCCAUGGGUCAAGCAUGUGGGGAGCAGCUGGAGCAGGGGCUGCCUCAUUCCUCACCCCCUACCAAGCAAACAUGGGGCGGGUCUCCUUACACCUGGGUAUGAAGAAUCCCAGAGCUGCUCCAGGCAGGGCCGUGGGGGGAUGUGAACAGAAGAGGGGGUUGCUAGUUUUGGGUCUAGUGGGUAAAACGCUGGACCGGGAGCCAGAACUCCUGAGAUCUAUGUCCCAGACUCGCUGCUCUGGGCCUCAGUUUCCCCCUCUGGGCCAUGUAGGGAGUUAGAGACCUUCUCUCUCCCGCCCCCCUGCAAACUGGGGGUGUCCCAAUGACUGCUGCCCCCUCCCUUGCCGCUGCUGCGCUAGGCACAGCUUAGGAGCGGAGGCUGGAGCCGGGUGAAGAGUCGGUGGGUCGGGUUCUGUCCCGUUCAAUCCAAUAUCCGCUGGGGUAAGAAGCCCGGGGGGGGAAAUUGUUGGAUCUCGAUCCCCAGGGGUGAUCAGAGCCCGCGCUUGGGGUGAUCCCAGCCUCGAGCUCGAGAACAGCAAGGUCAGCAGGCUCCAUCCCCGGACCUCCCCCUCGUCACGCCGUGGCAGCCGUCCCUGCUGAGAGGCGGGGAGCUAGCUACCGACGGGGUGAGGGGACGACACCCCAAGCCUGUGGCGAUGAAAUGAAGUUGAUGUUUUUGCACUGAAUCUUGUGGUGAGGUUCCCUACAUGUGCGAAGCUGGAGCAGGCCGGCCUGGCCCACGGGCUGCCUCCCUGCCCAGGGCUGUGGCCCGCGCUCCCGUCUUUCCUCUCCUCCGUGUUUGUCACGGGCCCGCGCGGCCUGUGGGGGGUCGUGGCCAGCGUCUCUGGGCUGUGUCUGGUACGCCAAGGGCUGCUGAAGUGUUUCUCUCCUCUGCAGGAAGCGGAGCGUGUGUGCCCUCCUUGUCACCCCCCCAAAUGAAGCAAGGGGGGGCUCUGAAUUCGUCCCACUUGAGGCCUCGGGAUGUCAGUGCUGUUUACCUGGGGGGACUCACAGCGGGUCUGAGCAGCCUUGGUUAAAGUGGCAAAGUCAAUGAAUCCUUGGCAGGGGAGAGUUGUCUAGGGGUUAGAGCAGGACCGUGAGAGUCCGGGUUCCGGGGUUCUGGUCCCACUCUAAGAGGGAACUGGGGUCCUUCCUUGCUCUGACGGCUGCACUGCUCCCAGCUCCAGGAGGAAGGGGGUGGCUAGCGGUUAGAACAGGCUGUCACCCUCUGCUCUCUGAGCUGUGGAAGGGGCAUUUCCGCCCAGCCAGAGCCAGACCAUAUUACCAUCCUGUGACUAAAGCAGGGACCUGCACGGGAGGGAGGAAGGGAGUGUGGGGCAGGUCUCUCCAGGCUCCUCCCCUCCCUCUUGCAGCCAGCUGAGUGGGGGGGCGCCAGCCCCAUUGCCCUGAACUGGCUGUGGAGAUCAGAGACCCUUCUGGGGUAUCCAAUGAGACCUCUUGUCUGCUAGAGCCGUGGGGAAGCACCCACUCGUGAUCCCCCCCCCCCCACGCGGGGCCGGGUGCGUGACACAUCUCAGUCCUAAAACACAGCCCUGCACGUCUGGGCUAAGGGAUCCGCGCGGGCACCUUGUUAGCGAGGCUGGCACGGGGCCCCUGCCUGGCACACGUCUCAGAGCUGCCACUCUGCCCCCUGCCGGCAAGUGGCACUAACGUUCUCACGUGGGAAGGGUUUAUUGUAUUUCAGAAUGAAAAGUAGAAACAAGCCUGAGGUCCCCCCACCCGCUGUGUGCUUCACCCAGGCUGCGCUGCUCCAUCCCUGUUUGUUUGUUUGAAAUGCAGGAGCCGAUAGCCUGCUGGGCCCGGACUCCUGGGUUCUAGCAUGACAAGGUGAGGGGUUUGCUGUGUUUUCUUCCCAGGCUCUCCAAAGGAGAGAGAACUAAGGAAUCCACCAAGGGAGAGCUGAGCAUGGGGGCUGCACCUCUGGGCCUGCACCUUCCUACUAAACUCAAAGGGGCUGAUCCUGGUUUUGCUUCCAGCCGGACUAAUUCUAGUGAAAUCACUGGGUCCAAAUCCUCUUUGGGUUGUUUACACCUGUGCAAAGGGCAUGUAAACGUGGCAGCUCACACUGGCAGCAUGCUGCAGCAAUGCAAGUGAGGACACGAGAUGCAGGGGAAGAGCAGGUGCAAACUGAGCCAAUCCAAUUUGCUAAUUAGUCCUUUUAAAGAAACACAUGCGAUGCCUCCAGUAGCCUGGCCUGGAUCUUCCAGAAGAGCCCCCGCCCCCCUUGUAAUUUUCCUAAAGGCUAAUGCACUGGAAAGCAGGGAGUACUUUUUUCCCCCUCUCCUGUCCUUGUUUGCAUUGUCUUGCUGUGUGUCAGAACUGGUGGAAUGAAGGUUAAAAGGAAUCUGAGCUUUACAGUUUUACCUGUGGGACUCACAGCCGCAGGAUGAAAUCGCUUUAGUGUUUUGUGUUUUAAAGGAAAGAGACACUUACAGGAAUAGAAACACCAUUUGUGGUGACACCAGCUAGGAUAAAUGUCCCAAGGUUCACAGGGAAUAUGCAGCUCAGAAGGGAAUUGACUAUUAUUGCAUAUUUAGGCUCUGGUCUUAGAAGGAGAUGCAGAGAGUUGGACUCAUGUAGCACCUGGGAUGUAUUUAUUAAUAUAGGGGCCUGUCAACAAAUUUGCUAUGGCAGGAGCUAGGCAAACCAACUACAUACAAACUGCAGUGUACUAUAGCCCAUGGCCAUAGCGAAUACAACAUUGGUGAAGGAAGGAAAUUGUACAGCACGUGUUGUGCUCUGCGACAGUGCAAACAAAUAUUCUAAAGUCAGGAGGUCUCUGGGAGCAGCUGUGCCAACCUCAAGUAUUCAAAAACCACAAACUCAGCUAUAAAAUCCUGGUUGGUUUGUUUUUUUAAAUGAGUUUGGUUUGGGUUUGUUUUUUUAAUUUACCUUCUGGUUUCUGAGCCUUUAGGUCUGACAAGGUGUUGUAUUUUCAAGCUUUUCUGUGCAGCCACGCAGACUAGAACCAUACUUUAUUUACUAUGAAGCUUUAAGAAAACACCAAAUGCAAAACUGUACACUGAGCACUGGCAGCGCAAAGGAAGGGCCUUUCUGGGCACAUCUCACUGCCAGAUCGGGGCCAUGUGUGUUGUUACAGGUGGGUGGGGACUGGUGCCUUCCUCUGAAGCAUUUGGCAUCCGUCGCUCUCGGGCUAGGACGCCAGGUUUGGCUGGGCCCAUGAACCCCAGCGCGGGAAGCCCUUGCUCACGCCGUCUCUCAGUUUUCUGUACUUCCCAUCACUGAAGGAGUUUUAAUGUAUUUUUUUAAGACAAAAUAAAAGUGACGCUGAUGAA